AUGGACGAUUAUAAUCUUUGCCUGUUUAACGAGCCUGAAGCCGGAGCCUUUCUGAACGGCAAUACCUGCGUUCGGUCAACAUUGGACAAGAGGCAGCCAGUACACCACGAAAUCUUCCCCCCACCAUUCGAUAUCACCGAAGAUUGGUGCAUGGCCGCCGACGGGAAACGGCUGGAAGAGAGGGUCAUUCCAAGCGAGACGCUUGCUCUACUCUAUGCUCCUUUGCCACGACACCUAUCAACGGUUGACAAAGACAUCCUCAUUCUCAUGGCCGCUUUCACAGGAAACAUUGACCGUUACGUUCGACUAAGAAGACCUCGCCCCAUCAAUGGUGAAAUGCAGUGCAUGGUGCGCGGUAUCUACCACAAUACCUUUUUCGCCAAGUGGUGCUAUGAACAACCAGAGCUAGCGGUGCUCCGCAAAUUUGUUCGUGCGCGGUUCAUUAUGAACGACGAUCUGACGUGGCUCAAUAACGACAGGCAUUUCACCAAAGAGGACGUGCCACGCAUUAUAUGGUAUCCGCAAAUAGCUAAUCGCACAACGUAUCUCGAGCUUCUGCGUUUGAUCCCUGAGCUGAAGCAGCUCGUAGCUCAGGCAUUAGUGGUAUGCGACAGCCCAUCUGAAUUCGCGCGACUUGAACCAGACAUCACCCCAGAGAUAUACGCGGAGAUAAUGAGCCAACCUCGUUCGGAUGCAUUCCAAGAGUUUUUGCAUCAGCGGCUGUCGAACGAAGAAGAGGGGGAACUAGCUGAAUGGAUGGAGCUUCCGCAUGAUAUCCACGACGUGGCUCCUUAUGAUCAUUUAGUAUCGAAAGAAAUGAAACCCUGGUUCGCUAAAGCCCUCAAGGAGGUGACUUUGGAUGAUGUUGGUUUUGAGAACAGAGAAGUGUAUGAGCCAGAUACGAGAGAUGCUAGGGACUUGAUGCGCUACAUGUCUGCGUUCUCUAAGCAGCCGAGGGAUCAUUAUCGAGAAGAAAGAGACAGGAGGGUGAGAGCUGUAACGGAAGGGAACGGAAAUGUUUUAGAGUAUAAGACAAUUUAA